AUGGAUUACAGGAAACGCUUGAUGAUCCUCCAGGUAACGUUAGGUUUAGACGAACUCCAACCGCUAGGGUAGGCCUAUUGGCCGUUCUCCCUCUAACAUCAUGUCCUCUAUAUGCUCUCUGUGUACACUUAUUCAAGUGUAUUAACUGCUUUUAACUUUUCCAUAUAGUUGAACAACUUUUACAAAAGACUAACAUGUUUUUGGGGCAUCCAAUUAACACUUUUUCUACUGCAGCGGGCAUCGGAGAGCACCAGGAGGAGGUGGUCUGUGCUGGAGCAAGAUGAGGAGCCUGAGAUGAACAACAUCAGAGACAUCACCCAGCAAAAGGUGUAGGCUUUAUUUAUACUGUAGGGCUUUUCACUGGUAUGAUUACUUAUAUAGUGAAUAAUGAGUGGGUUAACAUAGAGAGAGAGGUAUACAAAGAAAAUCACAGAGAGUUCAUUCACAGAGAUAUCAGGCUACUCAGUUUUUUCAAACUAUGUUCAAACAGAUCUUCAUCACUAAUACUGGUACUUGGGGAGAAUUAUUUAAUUAUGUUCACCCUUCCAGGAGACAGGGGCUCCGGUUAAUCUAGGUGAGAACAUAGAUGAUUCAGAAUACGAAUAUUGACCUCUGACCUCUAUACCCUGUAGGAUGACUCAGACACUGAGGACUAUGUCUCCCAGGUGCUCAUGGGUGCGCUGCUGGAGAACUUCCUGUUCAAAUUACUCAUUAUCGUCAUGAUUGUCAGCAACUGCAUCAUCAUGGCCUUCCAAACCGACGCUAUCAUUGCCAAGGUAAAUUAUGGUCACUGAGGACCUCUAAAGAGGUAUUGUAGGCCUACUUUCAUACUGAAAGCUCACUUUAUAUGAGAAGUCAACAGAUAACAAUUAACUAAAAUGCAAUGGUAUGAUUUGUCCAUUGUAGAAGUAUGACAUUGCGUUCAGCAUCUGUGAGCAUAUUAUCCUCACCGUCUUCAUCUGGGAGAUCCUGGUCAAGUGGUACUACGGCUUCAACAUCUUCUGGAAGGUAAUGUCUGGUCAAGAGAUUGAUUUGACACGACCUAUUACUUACUGUGGCCUUCUCAGAGACCAUCGUGAUGUCAUUCUUGUCUCUCUCUCUCGUUUUGGUGUUUCAGAAUGGCUGGAAUGUCCUGGACUGUUUGGUCACUUUGGCUCUGAUGCUUGGACCCCUGAUCUUUCCCCAGGGUGGGGACAGUUUACUAAAGGUCAUCAGGUGAAGGAGUACCCCUCACACUCCGCAGAAACACAUUAGUGGAAACGUAGGGUGUUCUCAGGGCAGGCCUGGUUGUAACUAGAUAUGUUUGAGUCAGGUCGGGACAAUUUUAUCAUUUUAGCUAACCCCAACCCUUUUUCUAACCUUAACCUAAUAAUCCUAACCUGCUGUAUAAGUUAUUCUAACCUGCUAUGUAAAGUAACUUCUGCUGGUCAAAAUCGGCAGGCCUGCCCUGAGAACACCCUACGUUACUACUAAUGUGAUACUCCUCACACUCCCCAACCCUUUGCUCCCAUCAUUCUUAUCACAAGGAGGGCAUCAAAUAUGAUCCUCACCACACUCAUUUUUCUCCAUUCGUUAGUGAUCAAAUAAAUAAAUAAUUUUCAUGCACAAUAGUUUUUUUGUGUGUCAAACAUCAACAAGAAACAUUAUUUGUUGUGUAGUUGUAGUUGUUGUUGUGUGCUGCUUUCCCACUGGGCACACACUGGUUGAAUCAACGUUGUUUCCAUGUCAUUUCAAUGAAAUUACGUUGAACCAAUGUGCAAUAGACGUUGAAUUGAGCCCAGUGGGUUGUUACUCCAUGUUGUAAUGUGUUAUUUCUUGUGUGUGUUCCAGGGUGUUGAGGGUAAUCCGUAGUGUCAGGGGUUUUGCUUCCAUGCAGGGUAUGGCUAUGAUGGUCACCGUCAUAAUGCAGUCCAUCCCAGACAUGGCCAACAUCUUCUUCCUCCUCCUCAUCAUCAUGCUUGUAGGUGUUAUAGCAUGUACCAAUUCAACCUCUCUCUCUCUCUCUCUCAUUCUCUCGCUCUCUCUCACUUCAUCAUCAGUCAUCUUAAUCCAUUCCCACUUCUUCACCUCAUUCUCGUGAAAAUAAACAUUAUAACAGUCAAACUAUGACACCCCAGUUCUUGCUCGUUUAUAGUAUUUGAUAUUUGUGUAUGUUGCUAUGGCCCCAGAUGAGUGUGUGAUGUGUCAAGGAGUGAUACUGAGACCAUAUAAAUGGAUUCUACAACUGCUCAGUUGUCCCCUGUGUUUGUGAUGGUGGGACAUCUGCUCAGUUGUCCCCUGUGUUUGUGAUGGUGGGACAUCUGCUCAGUUGUCCCCUGUGUUUGUGUCUAAUGUCUCUGUUGAUGUCCUGUCUGUGUCUGUCAGGUGUUUGCAGUGUUUGGCGUGACCCUGUUCAGUGCUGCUGUCCCAUCAGCCUUUGGGGACCUGUUCUCGGCCCUCUACACCCUCUUCAUCUGCAUCACCCAGGACGGAUGGAUGGACAUCUACAGGGAGUUUAAGGCGUAAGUGACACAAAGCCCUACAUUUCCCCUUAUCCAGUUCAUACAUUAUAUGUCCUUGGAUAAAGACUACAUUUCCCAUUAUCCAGUUCAUACAGUAUGUGUCCUUAGAUAAAGAUUUUGAAAAGCAAGAGGAGAUCAUUUUAUUAGUCAAAUGCAGGUUAGCAUUUUUCAUCAUGAAUCUUGUUUCCUAUUGCUCUGUAAGAGGUGGUCUUCACUAAAACAGUAAAUCUCUUAAACAAUGUAAACUAUGCUUUGGUCCUAUUAUUGCUCAAACAAUUUAUAUUUGGCGCAAAAUGUAAAAACAUUGUAACUGGGAAUCAAAAUGGCAUGCCCAUACUCCAAUAUUUCACAAUAAUGACUUGUGAUCUGGAGGGCGGCCUUUUGCAUCCCCCAAUGGACCAAAUGUGGAAUCCAUACCCUUACUGAAAUAAUGGACAGAAAUGGUUAUAGAAUGUUCCAAAAUUUGAAAGAUACUUUUUUCUAUAUUUACAAUUUAGGUCAGCUAUGCUGGCCUAUGGAGUCCCUUGGGAAACCCAACUACGAAACAUCCUAUGAUGGGGAUUUAUAAACAAAUUAUCUGGGCUCCCAAAAGGACUGAUCUCUAUAAUACACUGAACAAAAAUAUAAACGCAACAUGUAAAGUGUUGGUCCCAUGUUUCAUGAGCUGAAAUAAAAGAUCCCAGAAAUUGUCCAUAUGCACAAAAAGCUUAUUUCUCUCAAAUGUUGUGCACUAAUUUGUUUACAUCCCUGUUAGUGAGCAUUUCUCCCUUGCCCAGAUAAUCCAUCCACCUGACAGGUGUGGUAUAUCAAGAAGCUGAUUAAAGAGCAUGAUCAUUACACAGGUGCACCUUGUACUGAGGACAAUAAAAGGCCACUCUAAAAUGUGCAAUUUUGUCACACAACCCAAUGGCACAGAUGUCUCAAGUUUUGAGGGAGUGUGCAAUUGGUAUGCUGACUUCAGGAAUGUCAACCUGAGCUGUUGCCAGAUAAUUGAAUGUUCACUUCUCUACCAUAAGCCACCUCCAGCGUCGUUUUAGAGAAUUUGGCAGUACGUCCAACAGGCCUCACAAUCGCAGACCACGUGUAUGGCAUUGUGUGGGCAAGCGGUUUGCUGAUGUCAACAUUGUGAACAGAAUGCCCCAUGGUGGCGGUGGGGUUAUUGUAUGGGCAGGCAUAAGCUACGGACAACGAACACAAUUGCAUUUUAUUGAUUGCAAUUUGAAUGCACAGAGAUACUGUGACGAGAUCCUGAGGCCCAUUGUCUUGCCAUUCAUCUGCCGCCAUCACCUCAUGUUUCAGCAUUAUAAUGCACGGCCCCAUGUCACAAGGAUAUGUACACAAUUCCUGGAAGCUUCCAUGGCCUGCAUACUCACAAGGUCAUGUCACUAAUUGAGCAUGUUUGGGAUGCUCUGGAUCGACGUGUACAACAGCGUGUUCCAGUUCCCGCCAAUAUCCAGCAACUUUGCACAGCCAUUGAAGUGGAGUGGGACAACAUUCCACAUGCCACAAUCAACAGCCUGAUCAACUCUAUGUGAAGGAGAUGUGUCGUGCUGCAUGAGGCAAAUGGUGGUAACACCAGAUACUGACUGGUUUUCUGAUCCAUGCCCCCACCUUUUACUUUUUUUUUUAAAGGUAUCUGUGAAAAACAGAUGCAUAUCUGUAUUCCCAGUCAUGUGAAAUCCAUAGAUUAGGGCCUAAUUAAUGAAUUUCAAUUGACUGAUUUCCUUAUAUGAACUGUAACUCAGUAAAAAUCUUGAAUAUUGCGUUUAAAUUUUUGUUCAGUAUAUAUAAACAACUUUUGGAAAACUCAUAUUCUGAGCUAGCCGUUCAAAAAGUAUGGUCCACGGACCUAAUUGAAUCUGAACAACCCUUCAACUGGAACAGAAUAUGGAAAAAUAUAACUUUGUCAUCCCGGAAUCCGAACCAUCAAUUUAUACAUUUUAAGUUUGUUCACAGACUUUAUUUAACACCAAGGAAACGUUUUACUAUUAAAUUGGCCCCAACUCCCAACUGUUCACUCUGUCCCCUAAAUCAGGGGACAUUGCUUAAUAUGAUGUGGGAGUGCCCUGCAGUUAAAUGCUUCUGGGGCAAAGUUACAAAAUUCAUUUCGAAGUGCAUGAAUUUAAAUAUUCAAUGCUUUGCUUCUAUUAUGUUAGUUAACGAUGAUAGCCCCUUGAAUCUCUCAAUCAAUCCGAGAAGAUAACAUCUGGCAGGCAGCACUGCUGCUAUUUUUUGUGGGGCUCUAAGAUGGCAACCACCUCAUUCUCUCCCAUUUAUCCAGUGGAUACAGUUACUAUUAGAAGUUAUAAUAUUAGAAUUAUCGACAGCAAGAAUGACUGGUGCUAGUCAAGGAACAGUUGAGGCCUGGACAAAUAUACUUGACUUUGUAAAGAACAAUCUCGGCUAAAGCCCCACACAUACAAAACAAUUAUAUACAUUUAUUUAGACUUUUGUUACUUUCUUUGCUGGCCCACGGGGAAGGGGUGGUACGGCUUGAGAGGGAGGGUGCAGGCGGGUGGAUGGGGACUGAUGGGGGGAAAUGGGUUGGGGUUGUCUUUGUAUUCAUUUAUUUUAUUGUUUUUGUACCUGUAACACCCCCCCCCCCCCCCAGCUCUGCAGUGGUCACUAGCUAGCACAGCCACAAAGUCAUAAAAUCUUACUUUAAAUCUAACCUAACCUAACCAUAACCACACUGCUAACCCUAACGCCUAACCCUAACCUUAAAUUAAGACCAAAAAGCGUUUCAUAAAUGUUUACAAUAUAGCCAAUUUUUACUUUGCAGAUAUCUAAAGGGAAAUCGCUCAGUUCUGACUCCAGGACAACACUCAUGACAAUUAACGUCAACCUGCUAAUCGUAGACAAAUGGAGCUUAACAUUUUGCAGUAGAGUGAAAACGCUUAUGUGAAAAUGCAUACAUAUUUAGAUGUAUUUUGUCCCAAUGUGGUAAGUGUUGCCGUUUCUCUCUGCACUGUAGUGAUGAGGGGCUGAUGUACGGAGCUUCUCUCUACUUUUUCAUUUUCCUCACUGGCGGAGCCUUCAUCUUCGCCAACCUUCUCGUCGCCGUGGUAACCACCAACCUUGAGAUCUCCAUGCCCGACUACGACGACAAGAAUUCGAACGAGUGUUUGCCGGCAAGUCUGUCACUCUUUCCCUUUUCACAUUUAUUUUUUGUCACGUAGUGUUAUUUAUACCAAGGCACUGUCUGUAACUUCUUCUUGAUCCUCAUAAAUGUGUGUUGUUGAUGACAAAGGGGGUGGGAAUGCAUGAUGAAUUCCAUGUCUUCCACAUUAAGUUGUAUACUGAUUAUUACAAGCUAACUUAGCUGCCUUUCAAAAUCAUCAAUACUACCACUGCUCUUUCGUAGUUCCCUGUGUAUUUAGUCCUCUCUCCCUACACACCAUACUAAACUCUCUCCUCAACCCCUCCCCUCUCACACAGCUGAUUCCAGAGGCCACGGGAGGCUUGACGGACCAGACCACCAUCCACGUGGAGGAGGUGGUGACCAAGUCCAACAUGACCCGGCGCCAGAAGUCCUGGAAGGGUAGCUGUGUAGAGAACCUGACCAUGGACACCUUCGAGGAGCUGGCCCUUGUGAUGGCUGCUAUGCAGAAGAACAUGGCUGCGUACAGGGAGAUACGGCAGGAGCUGGACAGGUACUGUAAGUCGCUCUGGAUAAGAGUGUCUGCUAAAUGAUGUAAAUGUAAAUGUAACGGAAGUCUGUUUGUUCUAGCUAGAAGCUAUUGAAGCCACUAUUCUUUUUGUCAUCAUCCAUCACAGUAACUUAUUCUGCGUUUCCAAUUGGCUCAUUUAUCCCACUUCUCUCCCUGUAACUAUUCCCCAGGUCAUUGCUGUACAUGAGAAUGUGUUCUCAGUCAAUUUACCUGGCAAAAUAAGGGUUCAAUUAAAUAAAGUCAUUGUGAUACAAAGAAAUUACACGUUUUUCAAUCUCUAUUUUUCUGAAUUCAAUGGGACAACCCCCCCCCCCCCCCUUAUAAGUAAAGAUGGUGUCUUCAAUGGAAUAAAAUAUUGUCUUUGUAGAGUGGAUGAACUGUAGGUAUAUGGCCGACCAUGUGUAUGUGUUUAUCCACAGUAUAGUGGAGGAGGUGCACAGCCUGUCAUUCAACGUAAAGCAAGAGCAGGAGGUGAUUAUGAGGAACCAUAUGGCUGCGACCCUCCAGGACAACCUAUUGAAUAAUGAUAUCGCCACCGGCCGCACCGGAGACAUUCUGUCCACCCUCAUCACCCUGGAGAAGGUAGGGCAGUGGACAUGGCACCCUAUUCCCUAUAUAGUGCACUCAUUUUGACCAGAGUCUUAUGGGUGCACAAUAGAUUCAUUUACUCUUCCUAGAGUUGUCUAUAACCUUACAUUCACUGUUCUGUUACCUGUCUCAGGCUCAUGUCAUAGACUCGAACACAGCAUCCGCUCACCUGUUCCAGAAGGGGAACAUGCGUCACGCAGCCAUGAGGCUGUCCAUGGACAGCCAGCUGUACUACCCGUCUACUUCUAUACAUGUGGAUGCGGGACACAGUAACACUCCCAGCACACACCAAAACACAGGCUGA